ACAAAAACAAAAUAAAAUAAAAUUUGAAUUUAAUGAUCAACAUUGCCAACAAACAACCAAAACAAAACCAUAACAAAGAAAAAUGAUAGGCGUAAGCGGUAGUCGACAUAUUGGACGUCGUAGAGGUUCAACAGCAUCAACACAACAACAACAACAUCGUUUAUCAAUCAUAGAAUCAGAUAUUGUUGAAAAUAGUGAACGAAGAAAUUCACAACAUCGUGAUUCAAAAGAUGUAUCAGAUGGAUCAGCAGCCGUAAUUAAUCGUAAACAAUCAACAACAAAUGAAUCAAAUCAACCAACAACAACAACAACGGCGACAACAACAAAAUCACCAAAUCAACAACAACAACGAAGACAAUCAUCAAGAAUGUCAAUAUCGACUGGUGGUGGUGGAGAAAGUUUUCCGGCAACACGUUUUAGACAACGUCGUCGUGCUGUUGAAAUAUCUGAUCAACGUACAUGUGCAUUAUUACAUUCAAGAUUAAAAGGAAUGAAAUUAGAAGAUAUUGCUUUACAAGCAUUAAGUGCUGAAGUAUCAAACGUUGGUGCUGUUAGUGGUGAAAGUGUACAAAUUGGUGCCGGUGGUGAAUUUGAUCCAAAUUUUUUCAAUCGACAUCGUCGUUUAACAUCAUUAUAUAGUUCAUAUGGACCGGAAGCAGCAGCAAUAUUAGAAGCACAAAAAAUGGCUAGUAAAAGAAAACCACCGGGAGGACAAUCAGGUGGUGGUCAAUUAGGUGGUGUUGGUGGUAGUGGUGGUGGUAUUGGUGGUAUUGGUGGUAGUUCCGGUAAAGGUCCAUCAUCAUUAUUUAUAUUUUCCGAUGAUAAUUUUAUUCGAAGACAUACACGUUUUAUUAUUGAAUGGCCUGUAUUUGAAUAUGCUGUCCUACUUACUAUCAUUGCCAACUGUGUGGUGCUUGCAUUGGAAGAGCAUCUACCAGACAAAGAUCGUACGCCUUUAUCACUUAAAUUGGAAACAUCGGAGCCUUAUUUUUUAGGAAUAUUUUGUGUUGAAGCAACAUUAAAAAUAUUGGCAUUAGGUUUUAUUCUACAUAAAGGAUCAUAUCUUAGAAAUGUUUGGAAUAUAUUGGAUUUUAUAGUCGUAUUGACUGGCCUGAUUACAUUCUGCAUACCGACCGAUAUAAAAGUAUUAGGUGGUGUAGAUCUUAAAACAUUACGUGCAAUACGUGUAUUAAGACCAUUAAAAUUGGUAUCAGGUGUACCAA